AUGCCCAAGAAGAAGACAGGACAACGGAAAAAGGCUGAAAAGCAGCGUGAACUUCAGAAAAAGAUUCGAAGUGGCGAGCGAGAUUUAGCAGAGCAUCCAUGCAAUUUUCAAAUGCAAUGUGACCAAUGCCUUCGAGAUCAAAAAUCACGAGCAUUUUGUUAUUUUUGCUCAGCCAUCAGUAAACUACCCGUUUGCGCACAAUGUGGGAAACAGAAAUGCAUGGCGAAAACUGGUGAUUGUGUCGUUAAACAUCCAGGAAAAUUCACUACU